AUGACCCUGAAACAGCCUUACCACCUCACCGAACUACAUGAAAAAUACGGCUCAAUUGUUCGAUAUGGCCCAGACAAACUGAGCAUUACCGAUGAGGAUGCUAUCAAAUCAAUCUAUCAGUCAGGUGCUCGUUUCAUGCCCAAAACCGAGUUCUACGAUGCUUACGGCGCAGCCCAUCCUAACGUCUUUGGCAUGCGGGAUGAAAAUGCUCAUUCCAUUCGACGCCGCCAGAUGUCCCAUAGCUUUUCUAUGAGCUACGUGAAAGAAAUGGAGCAACAUCUCGACACAAAUAUUCGGAUCCUCCGCCAGAAGAUAUCAUCCUAUGCCUCAGGCCAAGAAGUCUUUGAUCUCAAGAAAGCUUUGAACUAUUAUGUUAUUGACACGCUAGGCGAUCUCGCCUUUAGUCAGACAUUCGGGGUUCAAAUUUCUGACGAUGAAACUCGAGUUCCGCCCGUCAUUGACCAUAGCUUGCUGGCAGCAGUCACGGGAGCUUGGCCAAGCAUGACCGCCCGGUUGAAGAAAUGGCUUCCAUUAAUCCCACAUAGAGGUCUUAAAGCCUUGUUCAAUGGUCGAAAGGCCUGUGCUGAACUUGCCUCAAAAUGUGUUAGCAUUCGGCUGAACACCAUUCGAUCGCAGGAUGGAUCAAAUGAUAUGACUUCGGACAGGAAGGACAUUCUCACAAAUUUGAUCAUGGCAAAGCAUCCCGACUCAGGUGAGCGCCUGAGCCAAACUGAUCUGGAAACAGAAGCAUUUGGGUUCAUUAUAGCGGGCACUCACACUACCAGUGCCACAACGGCCUUGCUAUUCUAUCAUCUACUACACCAUCCAGGUACCAUGGCAAAGUGUGUUGCAGAGAUUGACACAAAUCUCCCUGUUCUGAACCCGAGCGAAAGUGCUUACUCAGUCACCAUGGCUGAGGCAUCGUUGCCAUAUCUCCGGAAUUGCAUGAAGGAAAAUUUUCGAGUCACUCCAGUUUUCACAAUGCCCCUUGCCAGGCGUGUCAUGAUGCCUGGAGGGAUAACCAUUGCUGGAAAUCAUAUCCCUCAGGGGACCUCGAUCGCCGUGUGCAAUCAUGCCUUUCACCAUAAUCCGGCAGUCUGGGGACCGGACCAUGAUUACUUUGAUCCAUCCCGAUGGGAUAAGCCUGAAAUUGAGGUUAAAUCUAGACUAUCUACAAACUCUUAA